AUGUACCGUGGUGAGAAGGUAGACUCUUUCAAAGCGGCUUUCUAUUUGGAUGCUAAAUCAGCUGACACCCUUAAUGCAUGGAUUAGUUUUGCAAUUUUAAGGGGAGUUGAAGUGCUUGAUCUUCACUUAUUUCAAUUGGCCACAUCAUCAACUCUAAAGCAUUUGAGGUUGAGCGGAUGUGUUCUAAGGCCUCCUCCUGAUUUUGACGGAUUCAUGCAAUUAAGAACUCUUUAUCUGGAAAGGGUCACUGUGGAUGAAGUUUUUAUGGCAAUGCUCAACUGUUUUAAUGAUCCAGCAAAUAUCAAGAUUUCUGCAGUAAAUCUUGCAUCCUUUGAAUACAGUGGAAAUAUUCAUCACAUCUCUUCCAUCAAAACUCCAAGAUUAUCAAGAAUAUAUUUUAAUAACCACAUGGUACAAAAUGCAUUCCCUCAUGCACUGACCCGAUUGGCAUCCUUUCCUCAGCUCGUGACUCUUUAUUUGCUCUUGGAGGAUGAUCUGGUAAAGGAACAACCAGAAAGCUUACCAACAUUUAGAAACCUCAAGCAACUGGAAUUGGUUGUCCAUGGGCCUGAAAAAAGUAGCAAGGACAAUGAACUCGUGUGGGUUCUAAAGUUUCUCAAGUUUCUCAAGGCAACACCUCUUCUGCAAGAACUUGCGAUAAAGGCAAGGUGGGGACCGCAGUUCUACGAGGGCCAACCGGCGAUAAGGAACAUUGAUUCUGGAUUUUUGCAUGAUUAG